AUGGAGACGGCUGCAGCGAGGAAGCGGCGGCGGAGCCAUUCGCCGCCUUGCGAAGGGGAGGGUCCGAGCGAGGUCAAGCUCGGUAGACUUCGCUUCGACGGCGACGGCGGCGCCAAGGGCGCGUGGGAACACCUCGACCUCGUCCUCUCCCUCCAGAGCAAGGAGCUGUCGCUCGAAAGAAAGAUUGAGCUAGCAGUUGAAUUUCUAACCACACUGCCAAAUGACUCGAGCCAUGGCCAUAAGGCGCACAGCAUUCAGCUAUUGCGUCUGGUGUCAUUUAUUGGAAACUGGGUGCAGUCUAUCUUAAAUUUUCCUGAUAAUAGUAAAAAGAUGCUACAGACUUUUGAUCCAGCAUUGGAUAGUAGAUGCUGGGCAAUUUUGAGAGUUUGUGUUGAAAAGAAGCCAUCCAUUCCAAUAUCUCUGAACUUACUUAAAUCACUUAGUCGUAUUGCAAGUCAUGGUUUGGGCAGAGUUGAAAGCAACAGGUCACGUGCUGACAAUGAAUCUAUUGAGCUCUUCGAACAAGUGUUUGACUGUAUGUCAUUGCUUUUCUCCUCCAACACAAGAGCUUUCUUCAGUGCAGGUGUAGAUUUAUGGGCCUCGUGUGCUAUUGAGGUUAUCAAUCUUGCCCAGAAGGUUUCAGCUAAUGAGGACGAUUUCUGCCCUGUUCUUCAGAAACUUGCAAAUUGCCUCCUUGGGCAAUUCUCAAGCUUCCUGAGAUUUUAUGCAAAUCCGAAGAAUAUUUUCCAUGCUUUUGUUGAUAAGGUUCUAGGGCCAUUGUUGGAACUGUUAGUUUUACUUAAUUCACAAGCAAAUUCCAGUAAGCACAAGCAUUCAGGAACAAUGUUGAAAGUUGUUGAAGAUGUCUUGUCAAAUGGACUGUUUCAUCCCCAACACCUUAGUGGAUAUUUCGGUCUCAGCAGUUUGAAUAAAUCUUCUUCUGCCAAGGAUAUCAAAGGAAGCUACCAUAGACAUCUAUUUCAGCGAUUCAAAGGAAUAAAAACAGAAAACAAGGCUGUAUUGCUGGCUGGGUUUGGUUACUUACUUCAAUUGUUUGUCAGGAGAGCUAGAAAUCAAAGAACUGUAGCACUGAGUGGAACAACUUUGGGUCGGCUGCACAAAAGCAAUGAGGGUUCUGAAGAACCACAACAACAUAGAGAAUCACUUUUUGAAGUGUUUAUUAAGUUUAUGGAGCCCAUGGUGUUAGAGUGUAAAUCGUAUUCUCAAAAGGAUUUUUCUAGGUUAGGGGUGACAAGGCUAGUAGAGGUCCAUUGGAUGCUGAAAUCCAUUAAUGUGAUGCUGAUAACACUUAUUGAAGAGAAGAUCUAUGUUCCUACAGAGGACACAUUGGAAGGAUCUUACUUCAACUUUUUGCAGGAUAUUUACUCUGUCUUGAUCUCAAUAUCUGAAAAGAUGUACAAGUUCUGGAUGUCUGCUGUGCAUCUAGAAGAUGUAAGCAUUAAGAAGAUAGUACCUUUAAUGUUCUCAGAGAUUAUUUCUGCAGUUGGCAGUUUUCUAGAAAUCGAGUACAAAGUUCUGGGAGAUGACCUUAUGAAAUUGUGGUUAAUGAUUUUUGCUUUGUCUGCAAUUAAUACAUCUUCCAAGGACAUCAAACCCUGUUUCCUGCUAGCUUCAAAGAUUUCAAGCCUCACAGCCCAAGUGAUUUGCACAUUCAGUGAGCUUCGUCAGGUUUCCCGCUCGAUUUUCAGGCUGUGUGAUGCUGUGAGAGCAUUCAGAGUUGAUGGCCCUGAUGGAGUACAAGGCUCAUUUUCUGUGGCUUCUUUAUCGUCCCAGGAAUGUUUGGAAUCAUUGACAACAUUGUUGAGUUCUGAAACAUUGAUGGGUGCUAUUCGUACUUCAAUUAAGUCUAUGCCUCAAGGGCAGUCUAGUCGAUGUAUAGAGGAGCUUACAUCGGAUCUCACAGAAACAUUGAACUGGAUGGCAGAUUGUAGUUUGGAAGAUGAUUUACACAAACUUGGAGAGCCGUCCAUUGCCAGGAAGUCUAUUUUUUGUCAUAAAGCCGAACUUCUUGGCUGGCACUUAUCUGAAGUAUAUGCUAGUGUUCUUGACUCAAUAACUGUCACUGCUUCAAAUAGUACACUGGUAGGAAAAUCUGUUGAAACGUUGGUCAAUGCAGUCAGACCAAAUUUCAGUCACUUGGUCGGAAACGAAUCAAAAAAUUUAAAUGGAUUCAUUUCCUCAAUUAUGGGAAAAUUUACAUCUAAAAAACUACGUGCCAACCGGCAGAAGAUCCCAAGUUUUUCCUGGAUGUUUUGCCUGUUCUUUCACCUAUAUAUAUCAUGUAGAAGUUUGUAUCAGCAAUGUAUUGGCCUUAUGCCUCCAGAUGUAGCCACAGAUGCAACAAAGUUAGUGGGGAAUCCAUUCAUUGUAUGCUCAGGAAAGGAGUGGACCAAUCCAGCCAAUAUUCUCGGGAAGGGUUAUUUUGCAUUGAUUGUUGAAAAUUCAAACUCCCUUUUGGAUGUUAUUGAGAGUUUAUCAGAGUAUCUCUCAAGAAACUGUGCUUCUUUUGCUCCAAUUGUUUACAUCUUUCAUGUGAUGGCUCUGCAGAGACUCAAUGACCUUAACAGGCAGAUUAAAGCACUUCAAUUUUUGCUUGAAGAUGAUGCUUGGCAACUAGAUAAUAAGGAUAUAGGAAGCACUCAACUAUUAAAGGAAUCUUGCAGCCUUGAGGCUGCUAAAUUGAUGAGUUUUAUGAUGAAAUAUGUGAAGCUAUUAUCUUCAGGAGGAAAUGGUCCUUUUGGGUCUUACGAAGUUAGUGGUUCCUGGGAUUUGAGUCUAUGUUCCUUAGAUGAAGGCUCUUUUCCUAUAGCCACUUGGCAUCUUCUGUGUGAAAACAUUGACAUUUGGAACUCUCAUGCCUCUAAGAAGGAUUUAAAGAUUUUCUUCUCUAAUUUGAUAAGGUUUUCUUUUACUCAAAAGAGACCUUCCAUGGAUAAGGAGGAGAAUAAUGGCACUCAAUCUUCAUACAGAGAAAUGACUUUGCAUAGUAUUUCUGUGGGGGUCCUUUGUGAUACAUUUAUUUAUGACCAAAAGGUAAUCUUGAAGAAUUUGGCAUCAAGUUUUUGUCAUGCUUUGAAGAAAUCGUUAUCUUUUGUUACCAACUCUGAUGAAGAUAAUGCCCUUUUGGACACUUCACCUGAUUUGAUGGAGACAAUAAGUAACCUGGAAAAUGAGAAGUUGAUUGGUACAGGUUCUGCUGCUACGCAUGCACACUGCAUAGACAAACACUGGAUCUGUGAGGAACUCCUUAAUUUUUUUAGUGCUGUUCCUGGAUUUGAUGCAAAUUCCAAAGCAUUCAUACGGCUUAUAAACUAUAUUCUCCAUCUUGAAAGAUUGCUGCUACUUAAAUUGCUAGGUCUUCGUUGUGAAUCCUGCAAUCCCGUGAAGUUACUGCGUUUGUUUAUAUGUUGUCGUAGGGCUCUGAUAAAUCUCAUCAUAAAAUUCGGGAAAGAGUGCCCAGAGGCAAAGCAAUACUUGGCCUUUUCAGAGAAAAAUGGUAACUCAUAUUCCCUGGUUUGGUUUUUGAGAUCUGUUAAGGAAAUUUUUGGUUCGUCACAUAAAAUAUUUGACGAGUGUACUGAUGAGGUGAAUAGGUUGAUGUUCUCCUUGUUAGAUAAGACAUCAGAAUUAUUUUCUACACUAGCUAGUGUGAAUUCAUCAGUUUACUUGUUUCAUUUAAAGAAACAAAUUGAAUCUUCCCUGGAUGGUAGCCCUAUUGAAAGGGAGACUUCAGGCCACAAUGAUCAGACAUUUGAUAUAGUAGAAUUAUCAGCCUUGGAGUGUGUCAAAAGUAUGGCCGAACUGUUACAGAAGACUGCAACUGGGAUACCUGUUACCAUAAAGGACGGCAAGUGUGUUAUCAAAUUAGAAGACUGCCGUAACGCUGUAUGCUGGAAAAGAUUGUCAUGCACCAUGUCUUGCAUAGGCGGAUUCUUGCAGGGACUUAAUUUAGCACUAGAAAGUGCAUUCAACGAUCAUCCAAUAGCAAGCUCAGAGGACAAGAAAAUGUUACUUCAGUAUUGUUCAAGAUUUAGCAGUUGUAUUGCUAAGUUUGGGGCCUUUGUAGAUAUUUGCGUUCAUGUCUUGUUUAUGGAUAACAAGGAUUCUGCCUCUAGAGGUUUAGUUUCUGUUCGUCUUCCACAAGAGCUGGAUUGUGUGAAUGGUUUUCUGAAUAUUGAAGCAGUCAUGGAUGAAUUGACAAAGUGUGAAAGUCGUGGAGUCGAUCUGUCGAAGAUACAGUAUAUGGAAAAUGUUCUUCUGGAAAACCUGUUGAAAGGUGAAUGCCCAAUCAUAUCAUUCACUUUGAGAGAGGUAUACAAUAUAUCUGCUGCUAUUGUUAAGCUGCACGGUUACCUAUCCUUUCCAAGUGAUGUUUCUAGGCAGGCUUGCAGCCCUGUCAAACAGCUUUCAUUGGGUACCAUGCUUGGGACAGCUUUCAUCACUCUACAGAAAGUUGCAGACAUGUCUAGCUGGCCACACAUGUCUUGUCUUGUAUGGAUUGAUGGGGUAUUAAGAUAUCUUGAAGUCUUAGGAAGUGCAUUUACAUUGCCUGAGCUCAAUAUCUCAAUAGAAUUGUAUACUCAGAUAGUAAAUGCCCUAUUGAGGGCUAUUGGAAAAUGCAUCUUACUUCAACGGAAGAAUGCAACUCUUCCUACUCAUGAGAUUGGCUCAAGCACGAAAACACUGCAAUUACAGAAUGCAUCUGGUUAUGCUUUUACUAAAGAUUUCAUUGAUAUGCAGAAUAGAUUAAAUUCAUUGAAAUCGAGGCUUCGACUGGUACUUGGAAAAUUUGUCAAUAUUGCAUCAAACACACAUCUAAAUGCAGCUCUACAAGUAAUUGAAAGGGCAUUGGUUGGAGUGAAUCAGUGUAGUCAUUCAAUUUACGAAGUUUACACUGGAAAUCCUGAUGGUGGGACAGUUUCUUCUGAUGUUGCUGCUGGGAUUGACUGCCUCUAUCUAAUUCUUGAUUUUGUACCAGGAAAUAAGCGUGUUUUUAAGAGAACUGUCCCUGUCCUAGUUGGCGCUUUAUUCAACAUUGUACUACACCUUCAGAGUCUACAUAUUUUCUACACUCAGAAGCUGCCGCCUCAUUGUAGUGUGUUCCAUCCAGAUGCUGGAGCCGCUGUUCUAAUGUGUGUGGAGGUUAUCACUUCAUUUGUGGGAAGGCAUUCUUUUCAAAUUGAUGCAUCCCAUGUUUCCCAGUGCCUGCAUGUUCCUGUGACACUCUUCAAAGGGUUUAGACAUCUUCUAUCAAAGUACUGCAACCAAAGUGUAGGUCACCAUGCAGAUCAUGUUGAAUAUAUUCUUGAUAGACAAUUUUCAGUUGAUAUCUAUGCUGCAUGUUGCAAAUUGUUAUGCACUACUCUUCGGCACCACCAACGUGAGAUUGGGCAAUGUGUGGCACUCCUGGAGGAUUCAGUAAGCAUACUGCUCGGUUGUUUGGAGUCCACUGAUUCAAAGAUGGUUAACAUGGCUGGAUAUUUUGCUUGGAAUAUGGAGGAGGCACUAAAAUGUGCUUCCUUUUUCAGAAGGAUCUAUGAAGAGAUGCGCCAGCAGAGAGAAACCCUAGGAAAACAUGCCAUGCACUUUCUUGCUGGUUAUAUUUCCAUGUUUUCUGGACAGGGUCCUUUUCAGACAGGGAUAACACGAGAAAUUGAUGAGGCCCUGAGACCUGGUGUAUAUUCCCUGAUUGAUAUAUGCGAGGAAAGUGAUUUUCAACAGCUCCACACGUACCUGGGUGGUCCGUAG